UUCAUUCUUUUCUUUCAGUACAAAUUCACGCCUUUGGUGUUGUUCUUUAUUAGCCCUUUAAAUACUAGAGCUGAUCAAGCUUUUUUUUAUCAGCCAUGGCUAACCCUAGACUAAUUCUGGUGAGUCCUCCUCAAGGAUCAUCAAAGCGUGAUGAUCAAGACGACGAGGUCAUGAUGAAUCAGAGCUUCUCCGACAUGCUCUUCGGCUUCCUUGACGACGUCGAUGUUCAUGAUCAUGAUCGUCAGGGAAUUAUAAUAUCGCCGGAAUCGGAAAGUUACAGAAGCAGUGACAAUGAAAACCCAGAUGAUGAAAUGGUUGAUCAAGAUCAGGAAGAACAUGAAGAAGAGAAAGAUAACAGGUUUUGGGAGAAUCAGCACCAACUUCUGCAGGUUACGUUACGGAGGACAAGCUCUUUGGAGAGUGGAAUUAGAAAUGGCACUAAACAGGCCAUAAAGGAGAAGCAAAUUUCUGGGACGGUGUGUGGUUGUGGAAGGCCAAUAGCCACCGGUUGUCGGAGCUGCCUCAUGAGAGAAGUUUCCGACAGACUUCGGAAUGACGGCUACAACAGCGCUGUCUGCAAGUCUAAGUGGAGGAGUUCGCCGGACGUUACUUCAGGGGAGCAUACAUUUUUGGACGUAUUGAGCAAUUCAAGUUCAAAGAAAGGAGAAGUGAGGGUCAUAAUUGAGCUGAAUUUCAGAGCCGAAUUUGAGAUGGCAAGAGCAAGUGAAGAGUACAAUAGACUAGUCCAAAAGCUUCCCGAAGUGUUUGUGGGAAAAGUAGAGAGAUUGCAAUCCGUGAUAAAGAUAAUGUGCUCAGCGGCCAAGAAGUGCAUGAAGGAGAAGAAGAUGCACUUGGGGCCAUGGAGGAAGCAGAGGUACAUGCAGGCCAAGUGGCUCGGCGUCUGCGAGAGAACGACGUCGUUGAGCCUCUCGUUGACGGGGUCAGACUCCGGCCGCCUGCCAAGGCCUAGGGUUAAGGCCGCGUCCAUGCUUACUGUGGACUUGUUGGACAUCAUGCCCAAUCUCCAUUGCAAAGCAGUUGCUGUUGUGUGAUAUAUAUAGUAUGAUGCCCUAAUAUCGUUUGAUCAUGAUAUGAUUUACAAGAGUUGCUUUUCUUUUUUCUUAUUUACCAGUGGGGUCACUUUGUGAAGUGACGAGUGUACAUAAAAUAUAUAUUUUAUAUAUAUAUAUAUAUAGAUCUUUAAAUAGUAGUUGAUAUCCCUUCAUUUUCUCUAGUUUUUUU